AUGAAACAUUUUAAAAAUUCAGAUUAUCCAAACUUUCACAAAAACGUUGUCAACUACAAAAUUGAAGUCAGAAGCCACCUGUCCAGGUGGAUGAAGGAAAACAUAAGACACCAACUUCGAAACAAAAAAUAA